UAGCGGUCUGCGUCGAAUGGCGUUACCUUAUGUAAGCUCUACUACUUACUCACUGCCAGUGGGAGGAUUGCUUGUUGUAUGGCCAGUCGCAUGUCGUGUCGAGUCACUUUCUACUUCCGGAUCUUAUCGAGUCACUUGUCUAUUUCCUGAUCUUGAGACAGCAGUGAUUUUUGAUUCAAGUUCUGAACACCGAACACUUUGUCACUACUUGUGUGCAUUCAAAGAUGCACUUCUGGAUCCCCGAAGUUGUGCAGCUUAUUUUCGAGUAUGUCUAUGAUCCCGGUCGAGCGCAAGAGGACAACGAGGGUCGCGUCACGGUUGCCGGAUUAGCACGAACGUGUCAAGCAUUUAGAGAUCCUGCCCUGGAUGUCCUGUGGGCUCAGCUCCACUCUUUGGAUGCACUCGUUAUCUGUUCUGGUGGGAGGCGAGUCAACGACAAUAGCCAAGUAGUCUGGGAGCGUCCACUGUACGAUGCGGACUGGCGCAUUCUCGCGAGUUAUGUGAAACGUGUUCACAAGCUGACAGUCUCGCCUCAGUUGGAUACAUGGGAUAUCAGCGCCAUGCAUAUCCUGAAUUGUUUUCCUCUUCCAGGAGCGCUCCUUCCGAGCCUCACAGAGUUGAAUUGGCUGUCCGAUCGUGAAGACAUCUUCCCCUUCUUACAUUGUUUCUGUGGUCCCACUUUGCAAACCCUCAGGCUUUCACCCGUCGCGUGGAGUAUCCGCAAAUGUGUCGCUGUUGCGUCGCUUGCGCCGUCGUGUCCUUCUCUCGAGAAUUUGAUGUGCCUUGGCGCGGAUGAUUCGUCGAUGCAAGCAAUCAGCGAGGCAGUUGUGGGCUGGAAGAAACUUAAAACGUUGGAGGCCGGUCCUGUGAACGAACGGGCUUUGACGCAUGCUGCCUCCUUGCAAACGCUCCAAUCAUUGCGUUUCUCUGCUUCAUCAGAGCUAACACCCCACGUCUUGGAAUUUUGCUCCCCCCAUGCCAUCUUAGAGAUCGCAGCUCCCACACCUUUAUCCUUGCAAGCACUCAUACAAAACGUCCAUUUUUCGAUCCAAUAUUUGUUCUUUCAUUGCUCGCUCUACGAUGACGUUUUCCCCCACCUUUUCUUCACGCACUUGAAAAUAUGCGUGGUACAUCCCGAGAAACUUACACGGUUGUCAUUGGUCAUCGAAUCGGUAUCAACGGAGGAUACUAGCAACGAAUCGAUUGUCCUCACCUCUCUCAUGUUGCAUCCGCUCCUAUCAUUCAAGGGACUCAGUCACUUGGACCUUGGGCGUUUAUGCACAGCGCAUAUGGAUGAUAUCUUUCUCAGCAAGUUGGCUCUGGCUUGUCCAAGCCUAAAGGAACUCCACUUGGGUGACCAGGGGGCCUGGCUCACUGCUCCGUUGCUGACCUUUGAUGGAGUCAUAUCUCUCUUGAAGCACUGCCGCCAGUUGUCCUCUCUCGGGGUUUUCUUCAAUGCUACUCUCGAAAGCGACGCCGUACAUGCGGCCCCGGUCGACGCUAUCAGUCCAAAAAUCAAAUACUUUCUUGUUGGAGUAUCCCCCAUCGGUGAACCUGUAAAGGUCGCAGCAGUGCUGUCCUUUCUAUUUCCUAGUGCCACUUGCAUCAGUCAUUGCAUUCCUUAUGAAUGGCCUGAGCAGCCUCAGGGAAAGUUGGAAAAGUGGGAGUCAGUCAGUAAGAUGUUUGGGACAUUUGUCUCAGCUCGGAAGCAGAGUUGGGAGCAAGGAUGGGCGGAGGGAAAGGCUUCGGUUGAGAAGAUCACAAUGGCGUAAAUAUUGAUUCUGUGUACUGAACAGACAUUCUACCAAUGUCCCUACCCGUAGAAAUGCUACAAGUCACAUCAG